AUGCGAUGUUUGAAGCUCUGUCGAUCCAGCAACGAUGCCGAAGUCGGAAAUGCGUAUAAGUUCCCGGCCAAAUCCGUCUUCUUAACAUUCAUCAUAGUACUCAUCGUGGCACUUAUAGUCUCUGUCGGAAUAUUCUUCGUUAUUGAACCACGACUGGACAAACUGACAGGUUCGGAAAGAGGAGAGCAUCCAGGAAAACCUACUGAUGCAGGAGGAGGUUACGGCGGUGACAUACCAAAUUGUGGAACAAGUAUGACAGCCAAACAAAGAGCAACUCUAUUAGAAAUACAUAAUAAAUAUCGCUCCGAGGUGGCUAAAGGAGAAUAUACAAUCAAAACCCCAAAAGGAAAAUUCAGAAGUUUACCUCCGGCUACCAGAAUGUAUAAAUUGAAAUACAACUGUUCGCUGGAAAAUACGGCUGUGAAGUGGGCAAUAGAAACGAAAUGCAAAAUGGUCCAUACGAAGGGUGCUUCUUAUGGCGAAAAUCUGUUUUUAGCUUGGGGAGAUACUCGUCCUAAUCGUAGUGAUUAUGCUGCUGCUGCUGCUCCUUCUUCUUGGUCUGAAGAAAUCAGGAAAUUUGGCAUCUCAACGCUUGAUGAAUGGAGAUUUGAAAUCGGUCAUGCAACACAAAUCUUCACAGCAAGAAUGAAGUGGAUUGGCUGCGGAAUACAUAAUUGCGCAAACAACGUAUCACUAGUAUGUCAUUAUUACCCAGGUGGGAACAUAAUCGGUGUCGACAUGUACACGCCAGGAAAAACAUUAUCGGAAUGUGGAAAAAAUGCAAGCAACGAAAAUCCUGAUGAAAACACUGGACUUUGCAUAUGGUCAUGAAAACAUUACAAACAAUAAAAGUACUUAUUUUCA